GGCGGGCGGGCGGCGGGAUCCGACGUCUGAAGACCUGACCGGGCGGACCGAGUACAGCGCGGGGCGGCGGCAGCGAGGGCAGCGCGGUCCCCGCUAGGGUCCCAGUCGCCUCAGCGAGCAAGGACCGGCGGGUGGCCGGCCGCGCAGGCAGGAUGGGGAACCGGGAGAUGGAAGAGCUGAUUCCGCUGGUGAACCGUCUGCAGGACGCCUUCUCGGCGCUGGGGCAGAGCUGCCUGCUGGAGCUGCCUCAGAUCGCCGUGGUGGGCGGCCAGAGCGCCGGCAAGAGCUCGGUGCUCGAGAACUUCGUCGGCAGGGACUUUCUCCCUCGAGGGUCGGGCAUCAUAACAAGACGUCCUCUUGUUCUGCAGCUUGUUACUUCCAAAGCAGAAUAUGCAGAAUUUCUACACUGCAAAGGGAAAAAAUUUACAGAUUUUGAUGAAGUUCGCAAUGAGAUUGAAGCAGAAACAGAUCGAGUGACUGGAAUGAAUAAAGGCAUUUCCUCCAUACCCAUUAAUUUACGAGUCUAUUCCCCCCAUGUGUUAAAUUUAACCCUAAUCGACCUACCUGGAAUUACUAAAGUUCCUGUGGGAGAUCAACCACCAGAUAUCGAGUAUCAGAUCAGAGAAAUGAUCAUGCAAUUCAUCACACGAGAGAACUGCCUGAUUUUGGCUGUUACUCCAGCCAACACUGAUCUUGCAAACUCAGAUGCACUGAAGCUAGCUAAAGAAGUUGAUCCUCAAGGACUGAGAACCAUUGGAGUAAUCACUAAACUGGAUCUUAUGGAUGAAGGAACGGAUGCCAGGGAUGUUCUAGAGAACAAGUUGCUGCCUCUUCGCAGGGGUUACGUGGGGGUGGUAAACAGAAGCCAGAAGGACAUAGAUGGGAAGAAGGACAUUAAGGCUGCCAUGUUGGCAGAGAGGAAAUUUUUUCUUUCCCACCCGGCUUACAGACAUAUUGCUGAUCGAAUGGGGACCCCACACCUGCAGAAGGUCCUUAAUCAGCAACUUACCAACCACAUUCGAGAUACCCUGCCAAACUUCAGGAACAAACUGCAGGGACAACUGCUCUCCAUAGAACAUGAAGUAGAAGCCUACAAAAACUUCAAACCAGAAGACCCCACCAGGAAGACCAAAGCAUUGCUACAGAUGGUUCAGCAAUUUGCUGUGGACUUUGAGAAGAGAAUUGAAGGAUCAGGAGAUCAAGUAGAUACGCUGGAACUCUCAGGUGGUGCUAAAAUCAAUCGCAUUUUCCAUGAACGGUUUCCUUUUGAGAUAGUAAAGAUGGAGUUCAAUGAAAAAGAACUGAGAAGAGAAAUAAGCUACGCAAUCAAAAACAUACAUGGUAUCAGGACAGGGUUGUUUACUCCAGACAUGGCAUUUGAAGCAAUAGUCAAAAAACAAAUUGUAAAGCUGAAAGGGCCUUCCUUGAAGAGUGUAGAUCUGGUAAUACAAGAAUUAAUCAACACUGUCAAGAAGUGCACCAAAAAACUGGCAAACUUCCCUAGACUGUGUGAGGAAACAGAAAGGAUUGUUGCUAACCACAUUCGCGAGCGAGAAGGGAAGACAAAGGAUCAGGUGCUGCUGUUGAUUGACAUCCAAGUCUCCUACAUCAACACCAACCACGAGGACUUCAUUGGCUUUGCAAAUGCUCAACAGAGGAGCAGUCAGGUUCACAAGAAAAACACAAUUGGAAAUCAGGGAACCAAUCUUCCGCCUUCAAGGCAAAUUGUGAUACGCAAGGGGUGGCUAACCAUCAGCAACAUUGGCAUCAUGAAAGGAGGCUCUAAGGGAUACUGGUUUGUCCUUACUGCUGAAAGCCUGUCUUGGUAUAAAGAUGAUGAGGAAAAAGAAAAGAAGUACAUGCUUCCUUUGGACAACCUGAAAGUUCGGGAUGUGGAAAAGAGCUUUAUGUCUAGCAAGCACAUCUUUGCACUCUUCAACACAGAGCAAAGGAAUGUAUACAAAGACUAUCGCUUUCUUGAACUGGCAUGUGACUCACAGGAGGAUGUAGACAGCUGGAAAGCAUCUCUACUAAGAGCUGGGGUCUAUCCUGAUAAAUCUUUAGGGAACAACAAAACUGAAAAUGAUGAGAAUGGCCAAGCAGAAAAUUUUUCCAUGGACCCACAAUUGGAGAGGCAAGUGGAGACCAUUCGAAACCUCGUGGACUCCUACAUGUCUAUUAUCAACAAAUGUAUCCGAGAUCUAAUUCCAAAAACAAUAAUGCACCUUAUGAUCAAUAAUGUUAAAGAUUUCAUCAAUUCAGAGCUCCUAGCUCAGUUAUAUUCUUCAGAAGAUCAAAAUACUCUGAUGGAGGAGUCUGCUGAGCAGGCACAGCGCAGGGAUGAGAUGCUUCGAAUGUACCAAGCCCUUAAAGAAGCCCUCGUGAUCAUUGGUGACAUCAACACAGCCACCGUGUCCACCCCAGCUCCACCCCCAGUGGAUGAUUCCUGGUUGCAGCACUCUCGCAGGUCACCUCCUCCAAGCCCCACAGCCCAAAGAAGGCCAACACUGAGUGCUCCCCUCCCGAGGCCCACAUCUGGCCGAGGACCAGCUCCAGCCAUUCCUUCUCCAGGCCCCCACUCUGGGGCACCCCCAGUCCCAUUCCGUCCAGGCCCGUUACCUCCUUUUCCUAAUAGCAGCGACUCGUUUGGAGCCCCUCCACAAGUCCCCUCUCGGCCCACAAGGGCCCCUCCCAGUGUUCCAAGCCGGAGACCACCCCCAUCACCAACUCGUCCCACUAUAAUCCGUCCACUAGAAUCCUCCCUAUUAGACUAAACAAAGUGUCUGGCGUGGCAAUUAGUUACUAAUGAAUUAUGCAAAAGCAACAUAUUUGAUAAUCGUGGCAGUAAAUCAUGAGUAGUCGCCUGUAUGGACAUCAGUAGGCAAGUAACCAGUUUCACUAACGUCUUCAUCACUCACUCUUCAUUGCUCAUGGUAUGUCAAACCUUUGGGGUUUGACUCGUGAAAACUGCUGACUCUUUGAGGCUUUAUAUGUUGUAUUGACCAAGGUAGGUUUGUGUGGCAAUCCUGGACUUUGGGGACCAUUUACUUACCCCUGAAUAUAUUUGAAAUUGCUUUGGACAAGUUUUCCAGGUUACCUACAAGGUAGCCCAUUAAAUGUAAGUCUUAUGAGACAGUGGGCUGAGACCUAAGCCAUACAUGUUUCUUUUCCCAGAUUCUAUGUAGACUGACAGAAAUGCUGAUGUCUAUUAUUAAUGCUACUGCCUAUUCCAUAAUUACAUAUUUAGAUCCUCUUGCCUUUCUCUUUAUUUCAUAGGACUGCUUGGAAGUGAUUUUUUUAAAAUUAGGAUUCCUUAAGAAUAAAGCUUUUCCAGAAGCACAAGGUAGUUUGCAAAGGAAAAGCCAAUACAUUUCUUACUCUAGAGAGCUUUUCCUCAUUCCAAUGUGUUUUGCUUCAUGCUAGAAGCAUAUUCAACAGUGAAUCAAAGCUUGUUUUUCAGUAGUCAGUCAAUGGGAUUUGGCUAGUUAGUUUCAGAGUUCAAGGAAGAAGCAAAAUAUCACAUCUCUAGAAGUAUCUGGAAAAUACAAUUUCUUUAUUCACUUAUAUAUUCAUUUCCUCAUAGGUUAUAGUGAAGGCUGACAUGGAAAAUAUUUAAUUUUUCAUAUUGAUCUCAUUUUUGACAUGGCUAACUAUACUUUGAUACCAACUCCAGUUUACUUAUUUUUUUUUUUUUAAUCGAAGCAAAAAAUUUUCUCCCCAUGCUAAUUUCUAAUUCCCUUAUGGAAAAAUUUAUCCUACCUUUAAAACAGGUUUAAUAUAUCUUUCUAUCCAUUCUAAGCUUUCUUAGUAACUCUAAAGCCUCAUAUAGGCUGGCCACAUUUUAAAGAAUGGGACCUGAAAUGGAAAGAAAAUUCAGUAAAAGAUGCCAUUGUUCAAGGGGCAGGACUCAAACUUUCUCAGUUGUACUACUUCAGGGUUACUAUCCAGGUCACUCCAGAAGGUUUUGAGCCAUUGGGAUCUAAACAAAAUUGGCAAUUUCUAAGAUUUUUAAGAUUUAUAAGCAAGUUAGCCUGGGGGUUAAUAGUUCAGUCUUGAAGCUAGAUUUGAACUACCUAGGACCAGACAGAUGAUUAGCAUGUAGGAAACAGCCAGAGGCCAACUGGAAUUGUCUAACUGUUCCCAGAGAGCAGACCAAGUAUUUGCUGAAUAGUGGUGUCCCAUGACACUAUUUCAUAUUCUACAGAAGUAAAUCAGGUUUCACCAACUGAAACGUCCGCCUUUAAAAGCAGCAAGCAUGAUUUGUAUUUUAACUUAACUUUAAUUUCCUGUGUAGUUUAUACCCAAAGCAGACACCCAUAAAGUAUGAAGUAAAAAUUUUAACCACUAUUAAAAAGAGAACUUGCCAAGUUGGACAGCAUUGUAUUAAACUUAUUCUAAAGAGUUACAGCUAGCCUACUUUUAAUAGUCAAACAUCAGAGAAUAUGAGGUUUAUAAAAAGGGCAUUUUUAACUUUUAAAAUUACAAGUGAUUAUAUAUAAAGAACAUCACCACCCUGGGUUUUCUCACAUCUUACUUUUUCUCACUGGAAAAAAAUUAACUCUUUGUGAAUGGAACAGAUGUGCAAGAUACAUACUGUAUUUUAAUUUAAAAACAGUAUCUCAGCGAAAUGGAAAAAUCUUAAUUAAACAUUCAUAGUGAAAAGAAUAAUCUGCAGUGAGAGCUUUUCAUAAAAUGCCCUCAUUUUAGGAUUCCCUUUGCUUCUUCCUCUGAAUUCUCUAAAAUAAGCAGCUAACAGAUUAUAAACUUCAGGGCUUGGCUUUGUGCUAAAUGUGGUUUGCGUUUUGCUGUAUUUCAAAAAUUUCCUUCUGUUAAAGGAAAAUAUUGUGGAUAACCACUGGUGUAUUCUAAGAUCAGCACAAACCAUGUCAAAGAAAAUUGGAGAUUUUUUUCCCAAGUUUCUUUCCACUGAUCUUAUGCAGUCAUAAACAAUGGCAUUUGUCAUCUUUGGCUUUUGCUCUCAGAUUAUGGUCCCACAGUUGUACUGUUGCAAUUGCCUCCCUUUGGCUGUACAUUUCUGUUCUUUUUUUACUCUUAUGGUAUUUCUGGUAGAACCCAACCUCCCCUGGAAUUUCUGCAGUCGUGUUGGAGAGUAUUUUCGGUUUGCUGCAGUACUGCAUUAUAUUAUUAGUAUUAUUACCAUUGCCCAAAAGAGUUUGUAUUCUGGUAAAGGGAGUUGCAAUGCAAAUGAAGCCUGAAGCGCUAGGAUAUGCAUAGUUGGAGGUGUGGCUUGCACAUCAGGCCUUAAGAUGGGAAUGUAACUAAUGAGCUUUCUAAGUGUUUCCCAUACCACUUCUAUUCUUUUGUGUAACUUCCUCUUAACUGAUUCCUCUGAUAUUGUCAACACAGAAGAUGUAGCUCCAUCAUGUCUAGUAUAUGAUAAAAUAAAAUAUUAUGUGUUUUAGGGUUUGGAAAAAUAAACUGUAUAUGUUUAUGUGAUGAGUAAAUCUAGUUUUAUUGCAUGCAUAUUGACUAAUUGGAAUAACCACUCACUCAAUUGCAGACAGAUUCUUGAAAUACUUUUGAUUUGGAACAGGUAUGCUGCAUUUCCAAAAAUCAUCUACUAAGAUUAUUCUUCUGAAUAUUGCUUUUAGCUGUGUUUUAUAAUAUAGACGAGCAAUAGGGUCUGUUUAUUAGCAAAUGUCUUACUUGUUCAGAUACAAACCCAAACAUUACAAUGAAACCAGUUCCUGUGAUACAACUAUAAGCCUUCUGAACUUAGAAUUAAAAAGUAGUCAUAUAGAUUAAUUUUAUGACUUUUUAGUAUAGACUGUAGCCAUAAUUCUUAAAUAAGAAGUGGGACCUAAUACCAGUAUAUGGUAAAUGUUGAUAUAUUCUGUGUACAAACACAUUUUCGAUGCAUGUUCUCUAUGUAUGCACUAUAUACAUAGCAAACUUUAUUUCUGUUAAGACAUAUUUUGUGUACCUCUGAGUAGGUAGAUUUAAAAGCACUUGUUAAAAUGCCACAAGCAUGAGUGUGGUUGUGUGUGCAUUAUAUAUACAUGUAUGGGUAUAAAUAUCUAUGAAUACACGUGCUUUGUAUGUAUGUGUAUGAAUAUAUUUUUUAACUGUGCUAAUACAAGAGCUUUGGAGGAUCUGUCAUAUGUGCUAACAGUAAUUCAUUUCUCAUGACAUAUAUGAGGUAUAAAAAAUUUUUUAACUCCAGAUUGUAUUCAUUCUGAGAGGCACAAAUCUCAGAAUUGCCAUAGCAACAAGGUAGAGUAAUGUCCACAGGCAUUUGUAUCUGAAUUCACAGGAUUGCUGUACAGGAAGGAAUUAUCAUUGCCAAUAUAGUUUGAUGUGAAGUGUAAAAUCUGGAAAUCUAACUUUUAAGAUCUCUAAUUCGAAAUCUGAAUUAUUUGGGGAUUGCUGAGUUGAAUCCUGAAAAGAUAAGUUGGUCUACACAGUCAUUUUCUCUCUACAGUAAUGUCAAAAAAUAAAGUAGAGUGAUACAGUAUAAUAAAAUUGGUGGAUUUUUUCAGAAUAUAUUUGUUUAAAAUGCAGUAAACAUUUUUUUUUUAAUUUGACAAACAAUAUAAUUAUUUGAAAUUGACAGAAGUCUCUUUAGCAUCAAGAAUUAAGGCUAAAUAGUAGAUCUCUGAACCAUGGAACUCAAUGAAAGGAGAUAAUAUAUGAGACUUACGCCAUGACUUUUGUAUCAUUUCACCUGGGGUCUUGCUCGCUAUACGCUCAGAGUUUAAUGUGAAUGACAGUAGAAGAUUUUAGAGAAACAAUUAUUAGUUCACCAGAUCACUCGAAGCUUUCCAAAAAGCUUAAAUAUGUCUUCUAGAUAAUCUUCAUUAUUGUCUAGUUGGUAUGGUUAAAAUUAUGUGGUGCUCUGUAUUGUAAAACUUGAAGAUUAUUUUAAAGCAUAUGUAGUAUAUGCAUAGCUAUUUGUAUAUAUAUGUAAGAGUGUGUGUAUGUGUGAGAUAAGAAAGAGGAAACUCAAGGGAGAGUUUGCUAUUUGUCUUAAGACCUGUUCAUACUGGUAUAUUGGUGAGACUACUCACCUCUCUGGUCUGGGGUUUUACACAUGGCUCAGAUCAAGGCAUUUAUUUCUUUUUAAUUUUUACCCUAGAAUUCCUUAAACUUUGCUCAUUAUGCAAUGUUUUUUAAAAUUAAGAUAAAAAUUACUCUAUCUAAUCUCUUGCAUUGUCUGCAGCCAGUAUGGUAAAAAUUAUCCCUCCCAACCAGAAAUUCCAUCACUAGUACUUGAUUUGUGUUUUAUUUCAUAUGUACAGCCUCUGUUUUGCUUGCUUGUCUGUUUCUUCUUUCUCCCUUUUCUGAAUCAAAUUCCUUUUUUAUUUUUUUUUAUGAAGGAAUAUAUAGAAGCAAAAUCUUGUCUUCUCUGUUGACACUUUAAUUAAUAUGAGCCAGAGUACUUUCCACUGAUGUCUUGGCACUAUCAGGAUUUCUUAAUACUGGUAUAUGGACUCUGUGAAUGGAAUCUUUGAAACAAGUUCUUAAAGCCUGUAUUAUUCUUGAAGGUCACAUGUACCUAUUGUGAAAAUGUGAAGCUGUAUUUCUGAACAUGAAAUAAAUUAUAACAUUUGAAGGAUUCCCCUUCCUCA